AUGGACGGGACGCCCUCUGACCCUGCACCCUGCACACCCGCGCCUCCCUCAGGGGCUCUCCUUAACCCCGGCCCCAGACCCUUCGAGACCAUCAUCUUACUGACCAUCUUCGCCAACUGCGUGGCCCUGGCCGUGUCCCUGCCGAUGCCCGAGGAUGACAACAACUCGCUGAACGUCGGCCUGGAGAAGCUGGAAUACUUCUUCCUCAUCGUCUUCUCCGUCGAGGCCGCCAUGAAGAUCAUCGCCUACGGCUUCCUCUUCCACCCGGACGCCUACCUGCGCAGCGGCUGGAACGUGCUGGACUUCAUCAUUGUCUUCCUGGGUGGGUCCGGGGGUUCAGCUGUCCCCCGCACAGUGGGUCCGGGGGUUCGGCUGUCCCCGCACAGCCUGCAGGUGGUGCUCAACUCCAUCUUCAAGGCCAUGCUGCCGCUGUUCCACAUCGCACUGCUGGUCCUCUUCAUGGUCAUCAUCUACGCCAUCAUCGGCCUCGAGCUCUUCAAGGGCAAGAUGCACAAGACCUGCUACUACAUCGGGACCGACAUCGUGGCCACGGAGGAGAACGAGAAGCCGUCGCCUUGCGCCCGGACGGGCUCCGGCCGCCCCUGUUCCAGGUUUUCAGGGGAGAACAGGCCCCCGACGGCCUCCCUCCUGGUCCCCAGGGUCAACGACGCCAUCGGGAACGAGUGGCCCUGGAUCUACUUCGUCACCCUCAUCCUGCUGGGCUCCUUCUUCAUCCUCAACCUGGUGCUGGCAGCCGCCAUCGGGAACGAGUGGCCCUGGAUCUACUUCGUCACCCUCAUCCUGCUGGGCUCCUUCUUCAUCCUCAACCUGGUGCUGGGUGUGCUGAGCGGGGAGUUCACCAAGGAGCGCGAGAAGGCCAAGUCCCGGGGAACCUUCCAGAAGCUGCGGGAGAAGCAGCAGCUGGAGGAGGACCUCCGGGGCUACAUGAGCUGGAUCACGCAGGGCGAGGUCAUGGACGUGGACGACCUGAGAGAAGGGAAGCUGUCCUUGGAGGAAGGCGGCUCGGACACGGAGAGCCUGUAUGAGAUCGAGGGCCUGAACAAGAUCAUCCAGUUCCUCCGACACUGGAGGCAGUGGAACCGGAUCUUUCGCUGGAAAUGCCACGACCUGGUCAAGUCCCGGGCCUUCUACUGGCUGGUGAUCCUGAUCGUGGCCCUCAACACCCUGUCCAUCGCCUCCGAGCACCACAACCAGCCCCUGUGGCUGACCCACCUGCAGGACGUCGCCAACCGGGUGCUGCUGUCGCUCUUCACCCUGGAGAUGCUGCUGAAGAUGUACGGGCUGGGCCUGCGCCAGUACUUCAUGUCCGUCUUCAACCGCUUCGACUGCUUCGUGGUGAGCAGCGGGCUCCUGGAGAUCCUGCUGGUGGAGUCGGGCGCCAUGACGCCCCUGGGCAUCUCCGUGCUGCGCUGCAUCCGCCUCCUGCGGCUCUUCAAGGUCACCAAGUACUGGACGUCGCUGAGCAACCUGGUGGCGUCGCUGCUGAACUCCAUCCGCUCCAUCGCCUCGCUGCUGCUGCUGCUCUUCCUCUUCAUCGUCAUCUUCGCGCUGCUGGGCAUGCAGCUCUUCGGGGGCCGCUACGACUUCGAGGACACGGAGGUGCGGCGCAGCAACUUCGACAACUUCCCGCAGGCGCUCAUCAGCGUCUUCCAGGUCCUGACAGGGGAGGACUGGAACUCCGUGAUGUACAACGGCAUCAUGGCCUACGGCGGGCCCUCGUACCCCGGGGUGCUCGUGUGCAUCUACUUCAUCAUCCUCUUCGUCUGCGGCAACUACAUCCUGCUCAACGUCUUCCUGGCCAUCGCCGUGGACAACCUGGCCGAGGCCGGGAGCCUGACCUCCGCCCAGAAGGCCAAGGCCGAGGAGCGGAAGCGCAGGAAGUUGUCCAAGCUCCUGGGCGUCUCCUCCCUCCCCACAGGGGAAGAUGAAGAAGAUGAGCCCGAGAUCCCAGCAAGCCCGCGCCCGCGGCCCCUGGCCGAGCUGCAGCUGAAAGAGAAGGCGGUGCCCAUCCCGGAAGCCAGCUCCUUCUUCAUCUUCAGCCCCACCAACAAGUUUCGCGUCCUCUGUCAUCGCAUCGUCAACGCCACCUGGUUCACCAACUUCAUCCUGCUCUUCAUCAUGCUCAGCAGCGCCGCCCUGGCCGCCGAGGACCCCAUCCAGGCCGAGUCCGUGAGGAACCAGAUCCUCGGGUAUUUUGACAUCGCCUUCACCUCUGUCUUCACUGUGGAGAUUGUCCUCAAGAUGACCACCUACGGCGCCUUCCUGCACAAGGGCUCCUUCUGCCGCAACUACUUCAACAUCCUGGACCUGCUGGUGGUGGCUGUGUCCCUCAUCUCCAUGGGGCUUCCAGCUGGCGACCAGGAGGGGAUCAGCGAGGAGAAGGCAGUCCCAGCAGCCCUUGGUACUCCUAGUCUGAUGGGGGGGCCGAGACUGUACCCCCUCCCCAUGCAGGAGGCCCGCUCUGUGCUGCUACACGUGGUGCAGUGCGUGUUCGUGGCCAUCCGCACCAUCGGCAACAUCGUGCUGGUCACCACCCUCCUGCAGUUCAUCUUCGCCUGCGUCGGGGUCCAGCUCUUCAAGGGGAAGUUCUUCAGCUGCACUGACUUGUCCAAGAUGACGGAGGAGGAAUGCAGGGGCUACUACUACAUCUACAAGGACGGGGACCCCACGCAGAUGGAGCUGCGCCACCGCGAGUGGAUACUCAACGACUUCCACUUCGACAACGUGCUGUCGGCCAUGAUGUCCCUCUUCACCGUCUCCACCUUCGAGGGGUGGCCGCAGNNNCUAUACAAGGCCAUCGACGCCUACGAGGAGGACAAGGGCCCCGUCUACAACCACCGGGUGGAGAUGGCCAUCUUCUUCAUCGUCUACAUCAUCCUCAUCGCCUUCUUCAUGAUGAACAUCUUCGUGGGCUUUGUCAUCGUCACCUUCCAGGAGCAGGGCGAGACCGAGUACAAGAACUGCGAGCUGGACAAGAACCAGCGCCAGUGUGUGCAGUAUGCCCUGAAGGCCCGGCCCCUGAAGUGCUAUAUCCCCAAGAACCCGUACCAGUACCAGGUGUGGUACGUGGUCACCUCGUCCUACUUCGAGUACCUGAUGUUCGCCCUCAUCAUGCUCAACACCAUCUGCCUGGGCAUGCAGGUGAGGCGCGGACGCAGGGCCUGAGGGCGCCUCUCCCCGUGCCUCCUCACCCCAUUCCCGUCCCCGUCCCCCCAGGGCUACUUCGGGGACCCCUGGAACGUGUUUGACUUCCUGAUCGUCAUCGGCAGCAUCAUCGACGUGAUCCUCAGCGAGAUCGACACCUUCCUGGCCUCCAGCGGGGGGCUGUACUGCCUGGGUGGCGGCUGCGGCACCGUGAUCAUCAACCUGUUCGUGGCGGUCAUCAACAACUACUUCGACUACCUCACACGGGACUGGUCCAUCCUGGGCCCGCACCACCUGGACGAGUUCAAGGCCAUCUGGGCCGAGUACCCCGAGGCCACCAUCAGCUCCAACCCCCUCCCAAUCAUCAACCUGUUCGUGGCGGUCAUCAUGGACAACUUCGACUACCUCACACGGGACUGGUCCAUCCUGGGCCCGCACCACCUGGACGAGUUCAAGGCCAUCUGGGCCGAGUACGACCCCGAGGCCACGGGCCGCAUCAAACACCUGGAUGUGGUGACGCUGCUGCGGCGGAUCCAGCCUCCGCUCGGCUUCGGGAAGUUCUGCCCCCACCGCGUGGCGUGUAAGCGACUGGUGGGCAUGAACAUGCCCCUCAACAGUGACGGCACCGUCACCUUCAACGCCACCCUCUUCGCCCUGGUGCGCACGGCCCUCAAGAUCAAGACGGAAGGUAACUUCGAGCAGGCCAACGAGGAGCUGCGGGCCAUCAUCAAGAAGAUCUGGAAGAGGACCAGCAUGAAGCUCCUGGACCAGGUCAUCCCUCCGAUCGGAGACGACGAGGUGACGGUGGGCAAGUUCUACGCAACGUUCCUCAUCCAGGAGCACUUCCGAAAGUUCAUGAAGCGCCAGGAGGAGUAUUACGGCUACCGGCCCAAGAAGGACACCGUGCAGAUCCAGGCCGGACUGCGGACCAUAGAGGAGGAGGCCGCGCCCGAGAUCCGCCGGACCAUCUCGGGAGACCUCACGGCCGAGGAGGAGCUGGAGCGGGCCAUGGUGGAGGCCGCCAUGGAGGAGGGGAUAUUCCGGAGGACCGGGGGCCUGUUCGGCCAAGUGGACAACUUCCUGGACAGGCCCAGCUCCCUGGCGCCUGUGCUGGCCAACCAGAGGCCCCUGCAGUUCUCCGACAUCGAGAUGGAGGAGCUGGAGUCGCCCGUCUUCCUGGAGGACUUCCCGCAGGACCCCAGCACCCACCCGCUGGCGCUGGCCCGCGCCAACACCAACAACGCCAACGCCAACGUUGCCACGGGCAACAGCCGCCAUAGCAACCGCCAGGCGUUUUCCAGGGUCCGCUGUGAACGGGAGUGCCCUGGGGGGGCCGAGACGCCCGCUGCCAGAGGAGGGGUCCGGGGACCCCCCAGCCAGUCCUGCGUGGAGCAGCCAAGGCGGGAAGGACAGCUGCCCCCGAGAGCGGGGCCCCCAGCCCAGGCGCCUCCUGCCCCCGGCCAGCGUCCUCUUGGGGUCUGUUUUGUGCCUUUGGAACAGCAGCACUUGCCCGCAUGA